CAGCCACCCCACAGACUCGCUAUGCUUGCCUUCCAUUAAUCACCCACCACCCAGUAGGACUAAUUACCCACUAGGAUCGUUUCACACACUGCAGUAUCUAAUUCAAGCGCCAUGGACUCCCCGCCUAGACCCCAAGCCGCUCGCGCGCGAUCAUCUACUAUCGUUGGUACAGGCUCUCUUCCACCCGGAAGCACACAACGCGGCCCUCCGACAAUUGACCUCUCCGCAUCCUCCUUCCGUAUAACCACCAAUCCCCAGCCAUCAGCUGCUGCCGAAGCACUCACAAAUCUCAAAGGCAGUGCCAAGCGGCCUCGGAUGAGAGACGCUAGCUCGGGGCAUAACCGCGUCUCGUCAUGGCCUAGCCCGCCGCAACCGGUCGUGACAGCUAUGCCUUCCGCCCCAGCUGUACCUACCCGAGCUACUCUGGAAGGCGGAAUCUUGGACCUGUCUUUGCUUGAGAAAGAGAGAGACAGCGCAACUCUGUUGCUAUAUACCUACCGACCACCGAUAUCCAAUGCUGCCAACAACAAUGCCGCCCACCCUUUUCCCUUACCCUCUACAUCAGCCUCGCCGACUGCACCAUCAUCUCAGGUCACUAUCAACUAUGCCGCUCUUCCCUGGGAUGUAAAGCCCGGGGACUAUCUUGAAAUCAGAAAGAUUGCUCGUCCCAAGACCUCUCGUUCUGUGGCGCCAAUGCGCAUACAAGGGCUGGAAGGAGAAACGCAGCAAAAGGUCAAAGGGUCGCCUGCCAUUGAGGGCGUCAAGCCUGGAAAGGGUAGGGAGGGGUAUGUCUUCAGACUAGGGGACGAUUCUCCCAAUACAAAUAUCCACCAAAUCCAGGUCCCAGACUCUGUCGCCUCCGCAUUCGGCUUCCAAAACAGAUUGGAGGUCGAAGUCCGCAGAGUGCACGACAAGGAAUCUGCCCACACCGAUUAUGUCGAACUCUACUUUUCCCAAUACCUUGGACGAGCCGAUAUGUGGCGUCUAGGUAUGUCAUUGGAGGGCACCACAUUGCAUGUAGGGGAGAAGGUAUCUUUGGCGGGAGGCGCUGUGCGCGCAGAGGUCAACUUUAUAAUACGCAGUGAGAGAGAUAAGGAUGGGACGAUGAUCAAGCCGAAAAAGUAUUCCAGUGGUAUCGUCACCGCAAAGACAAAGACCAUAUUUCGGAGUAAGAGUGCCCAAGUGUAUAUAUUUAUACAGCUCUGUGAGGAAACCUGGCAAUUCGAUGAAGACGGAGAGCGAUAUGUUGAAAAGGUAGUACAUGGCUACCUCCCCGAAUUGUUUGCCAGAUGGGCAGAAAAGGGCACAUCUCAUGUCGCCACAAUCAUCUUCUUUGCCCGUAUCUUUUACCGCGACGACGAGGUCGAGUACCUCCGCAAACAUGACAUGACGGACAUGCUGUGCCAAGAUCACUCUGGCCAAUGGUACAAAGACUUUUUCAAGGUCGCCGUCGAUCUCGAAAGGCGAAACGACUGGAUGAGUUCUCUGCCCGAGAUCAAGAGACAGCUGGAAAGGAGUGAGAGAGAAAUCUUGUUGGAUUACCACUUGGGGCUGUUGAGAGCCAAAGGGGUUGAAGAGGAGAUCAGGAUUGUCGGGAAAUGGAGUUUUGCUUAUCAAGGCAAUGUCCUUGAAGCCAUUAACCUCGCUCUCAACCCCUUCGACGAACAUUACGUCGACAGAGAUCUGUCCCGCACCGGUCUGUCUAUCACUGUCGUCACACCCGGUACUGGUCACUUUGCCGUCGACAAGAAUGUGCUCAGGUUAACAACCGAGCGUAUGGUGGAUCAUGGUAUCACCACUGAUUUCGUCUGUCUCACCAAGAUGCCGCUUCAUAGCGUGCCCCUGUUCAGCUAUAUCACACACAAGCCAAAGGGCCCGGUUUAUGAAGAUGGCUCGGGUCAAAGAAGGCUUAUAGCGCCUGAUUUGCUAUACUUCGAUGGUCAAACAGCCAUUGCAAAGGACACCGAGUUGUCUGACUGCUAUUCUUUACCUUCUUGGGUCAGCUGCUCCUUCUACGCAGUGACUCACGACAAACCGUUCCGGGAAGACCGCUUCGUCCCACGGUGCAAGAUGUAUGAUAUCCAGAUGCUCGGCAUACUCGACCACAACCUCACAACCGUCACUGUCCCACUCCUCAAUGUCGACGAUACCCCCAUGCCCCGACGGCCGCUCACCGCCGAGAAUAGAAAGACGAUCAGGGAUGGCUUUGAUCAAUCCAUUUUCAGUAAUAAUGUGGAGAUGCUGCCAAAAAUCGGACUCGGUACUUCGCCGAUAGGUUCAGCGGCAUCAGGGAGCGUUUCGGCGAGCUAUCAGUCGGCGAGGCUUCUGGCGGAGAAGGAGAAGGAGAAGUCGCGUUCACUGUCCAUGUCCAAAGACAGGACGAGCUCAAUGUCAAUGUCCAGACCAAAAGUGUUGGAGUUUCAGAACUCCAAAUUGUCUCCCAUCAAGGCCAUGGUCGAAAUGGAAGAUAUCGAGCUUGGGAAGAAGACGCCUGUCCGGGAACCGUCCCCUGCGCCGUCCUCGCUGAGUUUGCGCAGAGGUUCCAGGAGGUCACUUUCGCCCACCAAGCUGGCACAGAUCACCCGAGCGCCUCAGGAUCCCAAACAUCCUACAGUGCCGUCACUGUUACCAGAGAGUCGAGUCGGCUUCCCGACCACAGCGACCGGGUCGUUAUCUGCUUCUCCAGCCCCACCCCCCGCCGAGACAGGGAAAGACUCGUCUAUGUCCACUGCUCCUACGGCGACUUCUCCUCCUCAAGUCGACACGGCAGAGCGUCAAUCGUCCCCAUCCCGUCAUUCUAUUCGCUCCGUCACGACCGAUCAAUCUGGCGCAUCGACGCCCAAGCAAACGACGCCUGGCAAGAGCCUUAAAAACCAACCAAGCAAGGGCUUAUUGCCAAGGUGGAUAUACAACAGCUUGAGCUUCAAGCCCUUAGUGUCUACGUCGACGCUGAGCUCAGCUGAGCCAGCGACAGAGACUGCAACGAGGUCGGACGUUGUUGGUGGCAUGAACGGAAGAUCAAGCUCUCCUUCACCUUCCAUCGGUUCUUUGAGAGGGCGAGCUUCAAAGUUAACCAACCCUCAAGCCAUCGUGACUCCAAGUACACCCUCUCCUUCGCGCAUCGAGCGUUCAGAGUCUAGAUCCAUGAAACCUAGAGAGAUCAGAGACAGGGGAAAGGAAAACGGCCAGGAUCAAGGCACUCAGCCCCUGCCCAUUGCAGCCUCUAAAGCUCGAGUCCAAUCGCAGUCCGAAGAGGACGCCAUUUCUCGCUCGCUUCGCACGAAAUCACACGCUGCACUCUCCAGGUCCCACGAGGAUUCCUCCUUACGCGCAGCUCAAAGCAACGCCCUCGUUCAAUCAUCAAGGCACUUCACCAUCAACCCUUGCAAGCCUUCGGUGGAGACAAUCGAUCGAGUACGAGAUGCUGGUGGCCGUCGCUGGCGAUUUGUUCUUCCCAAGUUGACACAACAGCACAUCGUGCAAUGGCCCAGCCUCAUUGCUCCCGCAUGUCUACCUCUCACGACCGACUUCUUACCGGACCAAAAGCAGAGCGACGAGCUGUACACGACAGGAACGUAUACCGUACAGUGUUAUCUGGAGGAUGAUGCCUUUUUGAUCCGGUCGGAUGCCGCGGAAGCCAAUCUGCCUUUGGCUAUGAUGCGCGAAAUGGUUUCGCAGAGAUUGUCUCGUAGGUUUCCUCGUCGUCUUUGUGCAUGUCCCGCUCAUACCGCUGUAGAAAACUUCCAGGUCAUUGUACAACCCCAUGAGCUCUCUGAGCCGGAAACUCCCCGCCCGAUGCCAAUUCAUCUGGAGAAAGACGCCGAUAUCGGCGUUGAACUCUUAUCCGGCGGAGCGUCAGAAGUGCUUAAGAAUGGGCAAGGUGCAAUUUGGCUUUCAUGGGCAAACCACAUCCACAGGCUUCUAUUUCACCCGAAUAGACCAGAGAUCAUCGUACACUGGAUGACACGAAAGAUCAUGCACGAGACAAAGAGCGUGCCUUGGAAGGGGUUGGUGUGGCCCGCUGGGACGAACGGGUAUCAGAAAGCCUCUGCGACUUUUGCAUAUCCGGACGUCUCCAUGAAAAUCAACUACAACCACCUCGACCAUCUCAUCAAUGGGGAGCGUGCUGAUUUCGGACCUCUUCGAUACUGGCGAACGCGCUUCAUUUUGAUACCCUCGGACAGAGAGCCCGGUUCCUUCCCAGGUGUGAUGCCCAAGAACGAGUUCCUUGGUUCCAAUGACUUGCUGUGGCUCGGCUCACAGAAAGUCAUGGAGACGCUUUCUAGGUAUCUCUUGAAGUACCCUGAAGGACAGAUCCCGCAAAGGUCGAUGAAGAUUGUGACAACCACAUUCGAUCCAUCGACUUGCGUGUUGGAUGAGGAGCUGAUGAUGGAUCUCGCGCGACAGAUUCAUGAGGUGCCAAAGGGAAGCAGCAGAAGAAAGAUAGAGGGGAUGACAUUGGCGCAAGUCGCGGAGGCAAUGUGCAUGCCAGGCAAUGGUCUUGUCAUCAGGACGAGAUGGUGGGAAGCGCGACAACAUGUCUCUUCUUUCAACGGUUUCGAACUUCGAGAAUGGUUGCAGAACAAUUUCGAGGAUGUUACUAGCCGAGAGAAGGCUCAAGAGUGGGCCAUGGAGUUGACCAACAAGGGUUUGAUUGAGCACGUCACCAAAUCUCACGGCUUUUUGGACUACUGGCACGUGUACUACCGCCUUCGCGAGCCGUACGAUCAAAUGUACAAGCCGCCUACCAAGCAAGAGAAAGAAAGCAAAAAUAAGUCUUGGUUCUCUUCCAGCUCCAAAGGAUCUCGCCGUCAACCCCCUUCUGCUACCAGCACUCCUACGGCGGGUAAAGGCAAUGUUGCUGCUUCAGCGAUUGCUGAGCCUGCGGCCGCUAUGGCAGAUAGCAGCGCUUCAACCUCGACACAACCUAGUGCCACUGGAGAUAGUAACAACACUGCCGGCGACUCUGAACACGACCAGUCCUCGCUCGCCAAGAUCUACCUCCAGACCCACGAAGACGAAGGAAAGAAGGGUGGUAAAAAGAGAAAGAUCGUCAUGACUCAGACAAGGGUACUGGACCUGGACCCCAACAGGAAAAGUGACCGAGCAGAGGUUGCUAUUCUGCAUGCGGACGUUGUGCACAACGCCAAGAAUGCGUUCCACUUUGAGUUGAACUGGCUGGGUGUCACCGCCGCCCUUCUGGACGAGCUUCGCCAGAAACUCUCUGCGCAAGCCGAUCGUUACGGGCUCCGCUUCGUUGAAACACCUGUGGAGCAGAUCGCCGAUAUCUCCAAAAAGUGUGCUUUCCGCACCGCUAUCCCUAUCAAGCUUGCGCUCGCCCCUCCUGUCAUCCCCGACCUGCAUACUCGCCUCGUGGCGGUAGCACACGGUACAGGCCAAGCAGAGAAUUACUUCGAGUACUCUAUUCUGACCCGCAAGUUUGGCUUUGUGCUUGACGUGGAGGCGGCAGAUAGGUACCCCGACAACGUGGAAGUGGUCUAUGCCUACAGAAAAGGCGGUGUCAAGAAGUACACCUACUCCCAGUUCUGUCACAAAACAGGCCUCGCGCUGGUGCAGUGUGUGGGCGGUGAGGAAGGAUUCUUAUGGAGCGACAAUAGGCUGGUAGUGUCAGCGCCUACAAGGAGGGGUGUCGGAAACAGAGUGGAGGAGGCAAGGUCGUUGAGGAGAGAACUGGAACAGUUCUGUUCGGAUAAGGAGCAGUUGGCGAAGUUUUACAAGGAAGUCACCCCACCUGUGCUCACGACAGGGGAGAACACUCCUGUACAGUCACCGGGUGAACAGUCUGCACCACGAGAGGAAAGACCUGCUCAAAAAGUUGCUGCCGAAGUGCAGUCGGUCACUGAAGAGAAGGCCGAUUAUUCUUAGAUACAUACUUUGCUCUUCAUGUUGUUGUAUAUCUUCUAGAGUCUCCGUAAAGU